UAUGAAUUUACAUAAUCUUAGUAGUAAUGAAAAAUUGUCUCUUAAUUACUACAAGGAAAAUAUUAAAGAUUUACUUAAAGCUCCAUCAGCCUUUUAUAGAUUGUCCACAAAAUUGGACUAUUUAAAAAUAUUAAAUACUGAUGACAAGCAUGAACUACAAAAGCAAUAUGAUGGUGGGCAAAAAAAUUUGGCAAUAUCUUCAAUUUUUGAAAGUUUGUUCCAGCUAAAUUUUUGUGAUAUUUGGGAAAUUUUUUUUGAUAUGGAUAAUCUGAAUUGUGAAAGAUUAGCAAAGUGUUUACAUAACAGAGAGAUAGCAUGGCAACAAUUGAUUUUUGAUACUAAAAUACAAAGACAAAAACAAUUUACAACAAUUCCAUUACUCCCUUUUACAAAAUUUGAAGUCAAAAUAUCAGAUAUUAUAACAUCUAUUGAAAUAUCUGAAGUACGUAAAGUUGAUAUAAUUGAUUGGGAAUUACAGAAAACAGAAUUUGAUUAUCAAAAUUUCUAUAAAAUAUUUUAUACAGAAUUCAAAAAGAUUUUAAUACAAGGAAAACCUGGAAUAGGUAAAAGUGUACAGGUUAAAUAUCUUCUUUACAAAUGGGCAAAUGAACAAUGGAAAGUCGAUUCUCAAAAAUUAUGUCUCUUCAUUAUUUUAAGAAAGGUUAAACAAGAUUCAAGCAUCUACCAAGAAAUAAUUGAACAAAAUUUCAAAAAUAUUCCCUACAUCAAUGAAAAUAUAGUGGAAUCAAUGUUUAUUGAAAAGAGAAAUGAUGUUGUCCUCUUUCUUGAUGGGGCUGAUGAGUUAUAUCAAGCAAAUCACCCUCUAUAUACUUUCUUAGAAGAUCCAAUAUGUAAUAUUCAAACUGUAAUAUGGUCUCGUAAAUGGAGAGCUAAGGAAUUAAAUUGUAAAUGUGAUAUAGUAUUUGAAUUAACAGGCUGGAAUCCUUUUCAAAUGACAUCAUUCUUUCGAAAAUGCUUCAAUGAGGAGGAUAUUGAAAAAUCUUUGGAAUUUCAAGAAAGUGUAGUACUUAAAAAUCAAAAAAUUAACAGCCUGUGCAAUAUUCCAUUAUUGGCUAUGAUAUUAUUUCAUGUAUGGAAGGAAAAAGAAGAAUCUUUUUAUGAUAAAUCUCUUUAUGAAAAUUAUCAAGAUAUAAUAAAUAUUGCACAAGCAAAACAUGGAUGCAUUGCAAUAAAUAAUGAUGCUGAAUUACAAACAUUUUACGAACUUUGUCUCAGAAAUCUAUCACAAAACAAAAUUCUUCUAGAUGACAAAAACCUAAUUGAACUUAUUGAGACAAAUUUUAAAUGUAUAUUGCAAAUUAUUCCUCUUCCAACCAACCAAGUUGAGUUACAAUUCUACCAUUUAUCCUUUCAAGAGUUUUUUGCAGCUAAAUUUCUAAUAACAAAAGUUCAAGAAGUAACAAAGAAAAAAAGAUUUUUCCUAUGUGAAUUUUUCUUUUCAUCCAAAAACAGUAUGAAUAGCCUAUUUGAAGGACUAACUAACGUAAAUCUUUUUAAUGUUAUGGAAUUUAUACAACAUUAUUCUUCAGAUGUUUUUCAGAAAAUUCUUAUACAUUUUAAAGUUGCAAAAAAUAUGUUUGACUUUAGCAACAAUUUAAUGAACUUUCUACAAAAUGGUUUAGAAACAGAUAAUGUAUUGGAAUUACAGAAUGAAACUUUAAGUGAUGAUAUCCUCAAGAUUAUCUUUAUUAAAUUUGGCAAAAAUUUAGAGAAGAUUAUACUGAUUGACACAUUUGUAAAUUUAAAAUUAAUGAUUGAUUGCUGUUGUAAAUAUUGUACUAAAUUGAGAUCUGUAACAGUAAAAGGUUCAGAAGUUACUUAUAAUAAUGAAAUAUUAACAGAAGAUCUAUUUUUGGAAAAUAUUUUCCAUUCACAAAUUAUAAAAUAUUUAGAAAGAAUAGAGAUUGGGAAUCAAUUUUUGGCUGUGAAAGAAAAUAGUUUUUUUGGGAAUUUAUUUGGAUAUUUUUGCAGAUUUACAAUUAUCUAUUCUUCUAAAUAUAUUACAGAAUUUAUCGAUGAAUCAUUCGACUCAAAAAACUAUUUUACAAACAUAAAAAUUAAAUUCUUUGAUGGUUUGACUCUAUUAAAAAGACUGGUUAUUGGAAAUAAAAAAUUUGGAGGAAUUGGUCAGAAACGUUUUUUAUCAAUGAUAGAAAAAAAGCUACAGAACAAACCAUUUAGAAAGUUUGAAUCAUAUAACUGUGAAAUUAUUAAUCUGGAUAUUAAUAUUUUGGAUAAAUAUCACACACUAAUUACAAAUCAAUAUUUUCAAACACCUAUUGGAGGAAAAAAACAUAAUGAAGAGUUUCCAAAUGGAUAUAUCUCUCUUAAAAUUGAAAGUAAAAGCCUUUUGACCAUUACUUAUUCAAAUCAGAAAAAAAGAAUAGUAUGGUAUUCUGUCAUAAAGAACCUGUUUUCAACGGUUAUCUUUAUUCAUCAAAUGGCUACUUAA